GAAUGAGCUGGAACGAAACAUGACGAUCAAAGGAGGGACGAGCCAGGCGUGCGCGGUCUGCAAGUUCCAGCGGCGGAAGUGCCACAAGGAGUGCCCCCUCGCCCCCUACUUCCCGGCCGACCAGCCGAAGAUGUUCCAGAACGCGCACCGCCUCUUCGGCGUCAGCAACAUCACCAAGAUCCUCAAGCAGGCCCCGCCGGACCUCAAGCAGGAGGCGAUGCAGUCGGUCAUCUUCGAGUCCAACAUGCGCGCGCAGUACCCCGUCCACGGCUGCUGCUGGUACAUCCGCCGCCUCCUCUGCCAGCUGCACCAGGUGACCGAGGAGCUCCAGCACGUCAACACGCAGAUCGCCAUGUGCCGGGACCAAGUCUCGGCCUCCGCCUCACCCUCUCACUAUCCUCCUCCACCCGAACUGCAAUUGGGGAACGUCCACGCAGACGCCGUCCCGACCCGACAAUCUUUCCCGGGCGUUUUCGUGAACGGGGAAAGUACUAAACAAUCUAUAAUGUCUCAGCAACCAUAUAAUUAUGAGCCCGAGAACACUAGUCACGUCGGGGCGGCUCAGCCGAACCUGGCUUCAUUACCUGAACUUCUAAUGAAUUAUGGUGCGGACGUGUUCAGCUAUGAGGACGUGCCAUUUGACACGAUCACGAUCGAUAAGGAGGAGUCGAGCACGGAAUCGUCGUUCUCGUUCAAGAACAUGACGCAUUCCAUCGAACACGCCUCGCGCAAUGAUCUGAAGAAUGCAGCCGCAGGAUUCAGCCUAAAGAGUGUCAGAUAA